AACCACGGGGGGGGUGGCGCGCAAACGCCCGCGCACGCGCAGCAGGUGGGCCGAGGCCUGGGCCUGGCGAUGCCGGCGGCGACGGGCGGACGCUGGGGGCGCUUCUGGGAGCAGCGGGCCCAGCAGCUGCAGCGGCAGGUGCAGGCCAAAGAAGAGUGGAUAGUUGAUCUGGAAACAGAAAAUGCAGUUCUCCACCUGAGGCUGGCGCAGUACCAAGGAGCGGCUGGACAGAGUGGAAGUGCGUCUGCAGGGCUGUGCUCCCUGUGCGGCCCGCGGGCCCGGCUGCCGAGAAGCCCCCACGCGGCCCUGCUCCGGCUCCGCCCGGUGAUUCAGGCACUGAAGCAAGACGUAAAGGCACUGCAUGCCUCUUUUCUGGAAGUUUUCAGGAAUUUCUGGGACCACCUGCAGACAGGCCUUUCUGAAGUGGCCGAGGGGGUCCAGAGGGCACAGCUCCAACACCAGGCUCUGCUGUCUUGGCGGUCCGAGGCGGGACAUCUGGAGCGAUGCCUGCAGGAAGCAGACUCGAGGUACCAGCUAGAGAAGCAGAGGAGGAAGGUGCUUCACAACCGUUUGGUGGAGCUGAAAGGGAAUAUCAGGGUUCACUGCCGGAUCCGCCCUUUGUUGCCUUUUGAUGAGGAAUCCGAGGAUCCAGCUUCACAGAACAGCUCUGUGCCUGCGGAAGUGGUCCACGCCGUCGACGAUGAAACAGUCCUGGUGAAAUGUGAUCGGGCCGCUCACCCGCCGAUUAAUAACACUUAUAGUUUUGAGAGAGUCUAUGGCCCCGCGGAAUCCCAGCAAGCGGUAUUUGGGGAUGUGUGCCCCCUGCUUACGUCACUCUCGGACGGGUACAACGUUUGCAUCAUGGCUUACGGACAGACGGGAUGUGGCAAGAGUUAUACCAUGCUGGGCCCCCAGUCCCCGGGGGAGCCCGUCCCGCCGUGGGAACCGCACAGCGACCUGGGAGUCCUGCCCAGGGCUGCCGGAGAGCUCUUCAGGCUUAUCUCAGAAAACCCGUCAAGGAGCCUGAAGGUUGACGUGUCCAUAGUGGAAGUUUAUAAUAACAACAUUUUUGACCUUCUGGCCAAAGACGGUCGCACAGCAGCGUCUGGGCCCAAGCGUGAGGUGCUGACCGCCCAGGAGGCAAAGCAGGAGGUCUGUCUGCUGACCCGAGAGCCCGUCCACAGUGCCGCGGAGUUCAUGGCGCUCGCUGCUGGGAGCCUGCAGCUCAGGGCGGAGCUGGCCACCUCAGUGCACGCCAAUUCUUCCAGAUCCCACCUGAUAAUAACGGCGACUCUGACCACAGCCCCCGCCCGUGGCAGCCCCGGUGCGCAUCAUCCCCCUGCAGCUGAGCAGCAGGCCAACGGGCCGCGGCCCGAGGGGAGCAGGCGGAGAGCGUCGGGGGGCAGAGCCUGGCCUGGGGCCCUGGGGGCCCAGCGACCCGCGGAGCAGGUGCACGCCAAGCUUCAGCUCGUGGACCUGGCCGGCAGCGAGUGUGUGGGUGUGUCUGGAGUGACAGGAUCGGCCCUGAGGGAGACUUCGUUCAUCAACCGGAGCCUGGCGGCCCUCGAGGAUGUCCUGGGGGCCCUGGCGGAGCGUCGAGGCCACGUCCCGUACCGGAACAGCAAGCUUACCCACUUUCUCCAGGACGUUCUCGGUGGCGACGCGAAGCUGCUGGUGAUCCUGUGCGUGUCCCCCUGCCGGAAGCACGUGGCCGAGACGCUGCGGUGCCUGGGGUUUGGGGCCCGGGCGAGGCAAGUCCAGCGCGGCCAAGCCAGAGGGGGCAGUCCCGCCCCCCGAAAACCCAGGUGACUGAGAAGCGGAGGCCGGGCUGCACGUGGCAAUGGGCUUCCCACCCCCCCACCCCCCACUCCGAAACGAGUUUCCUCUUGUCACUUGA